AUGGAGUCCCUUACCACUCACCCCUCCACCGCACAGCAGGCCAAAGCCUUCACCUCUCCCGCGUCUCUGUCGUUUCCCGGUGGAGCUGGGGACUUGACACCGCCCUCCUCUGAGAAAGAUGGACAGAACCUCAAUGGUGGCUCAUACGCAGAUGGGAAGAUGAAUGGUCAACAGCAGGGAGGAAGUGCCUUACAGGCUCCGCAAACUCCUAGUGCGACUCCUGGCGCUGGAGUGAGUGGUAUUGUGCCCACACUGCAAAACAUCGUCGCUACGGUCAACCUUGACUGUCGUCUCGAUCUCAAGACCAUUGCGCUUCAUGCUCGUAACGCCGAGUACAAUCCGAAGCGUUUCGCCGCCGUCAUCAUGCGUAUUCGUGACCCCAAGACUACCGCCUUGAUCUUCGCAUCGGGCAAGAUGGUGGUUACGGGGGCCAAGUCGGAAGAUGAUUCGAAGCUUGCCAGCCGCAAGUAUGCUCGUAUCAUCCAGAAACUUGGCUUCAACGCCAAAUUCACCGACUUCAAGAUCCAGAACAUUGUCGGUUCUUGCGACAUCAAGUUCCCCAUCCGACUGGAAGGCCUUGCUUCAAAACAUCACCCUUUCAGCUCGUAUGAACCUGAGUUGUUCCCCGGUCUCAUCUACCGCAUGAUCAAACCAAAGAUUGUCUUGUUGAUCUUUGUCAGCGGAAAGAUUGUACUCACUGGAGCCAAGGUUCGAGAGGAGAUUUACCAGGCGUUCGAGCAGAUCUACCCGACACUAUCCGGUAAGCAUCAUUCAACUAGCAUACUAGUUACAAUUUCUAACGCCGGCUCAGAUUUCCGCAAAGUCUAA